AUGCCAGUGUACCAGCUUCCUCUGGUGGACGAGAAGCUCAAAGUCCGUGGGUGCAGACGCUUUCGGUUCGGGGAAGAAUCUGCGCAUCCAAACCGCACGAUCCUGGUGAUGGGAGCGACCGGUGCCGGAAAGUCAACACUCAUUGAUGGAAUGAUCAACUACAUCUUGGGCGUGCGCUGGAAUGAUAGCUUCCGCUUCAGACUGGUGCGAGAAAUUCAGAGGGGAACGCAAGCCCAAAGCCAGACGUCCGAGGUCACGGUCUACAAGCUCAACUACCAAGAAGGCUUCCAGGUGAAGCACUCGCUGACCAUCUUGGACACUCCGGGCUUCGGGGACUCCAGAGGUAUUGACAGGGACCAGGAGAUCACAGAGCAGCUGCGUGCGCUCUUCACCUCUGGCAGCGGCGUGGUAGACAUAGAUGCCGUGUGCGUUGUGGUGCAGGCGUCCCUCGCUCGCCUCACUCCCACGCAGAGUUACAUCUUCGACUCUGUGCUCUCCAUCUUUGGCAAAGACAUUGCUGAAAACAUCCGCGUGCUGGUGACGUUUGCAGAUGGACAGCCACCCCCUGUGCUGGCUGCUAUCACUGCGUCCAAAGUGCCAUGUCCUGUGGAGAAGGGCGUCCCGGUGCACUUCAAGUUCAACAACUCUGCACUCUUUGCCAACAAUGCAGGGUCCGCACAGAAUCCGGCUGAUGAUGAUGAUGACGAAGACGGCUUCGAUUUAAUGUUCUGGAACAUGGGAAACAAAAGCAUGAAGCGUUUCUUCACGGCUCUAAGCAAGAUCCAAACCAAAAGUCUGACUAUGACCACAGAAGUUCUGUCUGAGCGGAAGCAGCUAGAAAACCUGGUGGAGAACCUCCGCAAACAGGUGCAGGUGGGCCUGUCCAAACUGGAGGAGAUACGACAGACGUCACAGAUUGUGGAGACUCACAAGGCGGAGAUCAGCAGGAACAAAAACUUUAAGUUCAGUGUCACGGUGUCCGAGGCCUCACAGGUGGACAUUUCCGGGAAAGGCAUCUUCAUUACUAACUGUCAGCAGUGCCACUACACAUGCCAUGACAACUGUGCCUUCGCCAACGACGCAGAUAAAAUCAAGUGCUGUGCCAUGGGCAAAGACGGCAAAUGCACAGUGUGUCCCAACAAUUGCAUUUGGAGCGUGCACUUCAACCAGAAAUACAAAUGGGAAUAUAAUCUGGUGACCAAGACCGAAACCAUCCAAGAUCUGAAGAAUAAGUAUGACAUUGCCAAGGAUGCCAAGAAUUCAGGCGAGGCCCUGCUCCACAAAUUGGAGAACGAUUAUGAUGGGGUACAAUUGGAAGUGACUCAACUCAUUGAUAAGUCCUCCCGGUGUCUGAACCGUCUGAAGGAGAUUGCCCUGAAGCCCGACCCGCUCUCCGCCCCUGAGUACAUCGAGAUGCUGAUCAAAGCGGAGCGGUCAGAAGCCAAACCGGGCUGGGCAGAGCGGAUCGACUCUUUGCUGGCCAUGAAGGAGAAGGCCGUGCUGAAGGCCAAAAUGCAUCAAGGGCAAAUGCUGCCGCAGAGGCCCCAGAAGUCAGCUUCCCUCGUCACUCAGAACAAGUCAACAAAUUUCGGUUGGCUUGUCCCGAAGUUUUUAAAGAACUGA